AGACCUAUAAAAAUUGAAAAGAAGAAGACAACAAAAACAAAAAUUAUCCUUCCUCUAUGGUCAAAAAUAUCAAAAUAUUGCUAUUUUAAAAAUUAUUUCUAAAAUGACUGCACCAAUGGAACGAAUUCAAGUAUUAGACUCUAUAGAAAAGGAUAUUAUAACUUGUCUUCAUAGUGCUGGCCAGGUCUUUAUGGAGCUAAGCAAAGAAAAGUCGAGUCUAAAACAAGCCGAAAAUCACACACAAACCUUCCUCAAAACACUGAGUGCCGUCGAAAAUAAACUUACGGACCAAAUAAAUUAUUUGACUCAAGUAUCCACUGGUCAACCUCAUGAAGGAUCUGGCUAUGCUUCCCAGAAAGUGUUGCAAAUGGCUUGGCAUAGAUUAGAGCACGCUAGAUCCAGAGUUAACGAAUUGGAGAGAAUUAAAAUAAAGCAUUUGCAAGGGAGGACGGCACAGAGGAGCAUAACAGCGUCUGCAAAUGUUCCAGCUAUUGGGAAUGUUGGUGGACAAAAUUUGACUCCUGGAUCUACAACUUAAAAUGUGUGUUUAAAUGUGUUUAGAUAAGGACUACUGUGGUAUUUUAAUGAGUGUUUAAAGUAAGUUUCGUAUUAAGGGAUUUUUUAAAUAAAUAAUUGAAACAUGU